AUGAAAGUUGUAGUUUCUACAGUCAAUUUUAUCAAGUCACGCUCAGCUUUGCAUCACCGGCAAUUCAAGCAAUUUCUUGAUGAAAUUGAAGCAGAAUAUGGCGAUUUAGUGUUUUUCACUCAAUUACAGAUAGUUAAAGGAGAGUUAGGACACUUCCCAAAUUACAAACUUAUGUGUGAGAAACACAAAGUAUGCAAUAGACAUGAAUAUUAUGCAGCAAAAUUAGGAAAACUUUUGGAGGCCUUUGAGAGCCGAUUUGAGGACCUAAAGAAAGAAGUCAAUGAUUUGAAGUUGUUCAGCAACCCCUUUUCUGUAUCUCCUGAUGAAGUAGAAUUCGAAGCACAAAUCGAACUGAUUGAUCUUCAGAAUAAUGACAGCCUUCGUACCAAGUAUAAUGAAGGGGACUUGCUCAACCUUUUAUAA